CAACUUGGUACAUAAGAAGAGAUAGUAAGGAUGAUAAGGGUGAGGGAGUUCGAAAUGGAGAAGGACUUGAAGACGGUGGAGGAGUUGGAGCGCCGGUGUGACGUUGGUCCUAUGGUUGAUGUCGGUGGCACGAAGAAGGAAAAUGAGAAGAAAGAGAAGAAGAAGAAAAAGAGCCUCUCUAUAUUCGUAGACUUGUUGGGUGAUCCAUUGUCUCAAGUCCGUCAUUGCCCUGAUCAUGUCAUGCUUGUGGCCGAGUGGGGAGAGAAGAAAGAGAUGGUGGGGGUGAUACGAGCAUGUAUUAAGAUGGUGACAAGAGGAAAGGAUUCCAUCUAUGUCAAAGUAGCUUACAUUCUCGGCCUCCGAGUCUCCCCUCAUCAUCGGCGACUCGGGAUCGGGACGAAGCUGGUGGAGGGGGCGGAGUGGUGGAGCGCCGCCCGAGGGGCGGAGUACGCCUACAUGGCCACUGACGGCGCCAACGCCGCCUCUAUAAACCUAUUCACUGGCCGCCUCGCCUACGCCCGGUUCCGCUCCCCCGCCCUCCUGGCGCACCCCGUCCACGCCCACCGCCUCCCCCUCUCCUCCUCCGACACCGUCCUACACCUCCCUCCGCGCGCCGCCGCCGCCCUCUAUGAACGAAUCUUCCCGCCUUCGGCCGUUGAGUUCCUCCCUGCCGACUUUCCCGCCCUCCUCUCCCACCCCCUCACCAUCGGCACUUUCCUCGCCGUCCCCUCUUCAUCCGCAGCCGGUGCCGGUGUCGCUGCCGGCGAGGUACCUGCGACGUCGUUCGCGGUGAUGAGCCUGUGGGACUCGACGCGGGUGCUCCGCCUUCGGGUGGCGGGGGCGCCAGCUGCAGCGCGUGCGGCUCUGGCGGUGCUGCGGGCAGUGGACGGCGGCGCGCCGUGGCUGAGGGUGCCGUCCGUACGCGACUUCUUUCGCCCGUUCGGGGUCUACUUGAUGUACGGCCUUCACAUGUCCGGCAGGGAGGGGCCGCGGCUGAUGCGGCGGCUGUGCCGCGUGGCGCACAACGCGGCCGUCAGCGACGGCAACUGCGCCGCCGUGGUGGCGGAGGUGGGACCCGGCGACCCGGUGCGGGCUGCCGUGCCUUACUGGAAGCGCUUCUCCUACGAUGAGGACGUCUGGUGCAUGAAGAGGCUACUCGGCCACAGCGACGGCGUCGGCGUCGGCGAUGACUGGCUGGCGGCGCAGCCGGCCACGGAGGUCAUUUUCGUGGACCCGCGCGAGUUUUGAAUAUAUAUAUAUAUAUAUAAUUAAUAUAAAAUUAAGUUAAUAAUGCUUUUAAUUAUCUUAAUUAUGCAUGUCUUCUCUCCAUUUUGGUGUAAAUAUCUUGAAGGAGACUGCCAAGUGUAUUCUUAAUGUUUCACUACAUAAUUAAUUAAUCUAUUAAGUUGUUUCGU